CCUUUCAUCCGCGACAUCUUCAUGGGGCCUGACACACCCACUAAUCAAGCUCGCCUUGCAUCCUACUAUCAGUCAAUUCUCCACACCAACCCAGCAGAUGUAUGGAUAAAAGUUACAGAAAAGGCAACUGGAAAGAUAGUGGGUGCGAGUAAUUGGAGAGUGCAUAUGGGAGCAGUGCCUGAGCAUGAAGAGGAAGAUUUAGGCUGGGAGUGGUUGGAGGGUGAUGAGGAGAAAACGAAAAAGGUUAAAGAGGUGAUUGGGGGCAUUGCGGAGACGAGGAGGAAGUUGUUUACGGAGCCUUAUUGUCGUAAGUUGGGAUCUUUUCUUCCUCAUAAUCUGAUGCGUACUGUGCUGGUGGUGAUCGGCGUCUUUACUAAUACGAUCGCAGAAUUGCACAUUUGCUUUACAGAUCCAGAGUAUCAGCGCAGAGGCAUUGGGUCCAUGAUGCUACAAUGGGGUUGCGAUCUCGCAGAUCAUUUGUUCCUACCUUCAUGGGUAGAGGCGUCUCCCACAGGCAACUUUCUGUAUCGCAAGCAUGGGUACAAAGAUGUUGAU